UUGCAGCAGGGAUGACUUGUUUAGGAGGAUACAGCAGCAUGGACCCAGUAUAGACCCUAGUGAGUUUGGACUGGAGACUCAAGCUUUUGAAAUACUAAGAACUGAUUCCUGACCAGAGGUUCAAUUGCAGGUAAGGUUGUGGGACUGUGUCUGGAGCUCAACUUGACUGACCCUAGGGCAGCGGCAUGGCAUCAUCACCCCAGCGCUAUGGACGAUCAACCAGAGAUAUUGCCAACGUGAUGCAGAGACUGCAGGAUGAGCAAGAGGCGGUGCAGAAGAGGACUUUCACGAAAUGGAUCAAUUCCCACUUAGCAAAGCGUGUACCUCCCUUGGUGGUGACAGACCUGUUUGAGGACAUUAAGGAUGGCGUAAUGUUACUUGCCCUACUGGAGGUCCUGUCUGGACAGAAGCUGCCAUGUGAGCAGGGGAUGAAGCUGAAAAGAAUCCACUGGGUCUCCAAUAUCGGCACGGCUCUCACCUUCCUGGAGGGCAGAAAAUCUGCGUACAGGGGAUCCCCGAUCAAGCUAGUUAACAUCAACUCAACUGACAUCGCUGACGGAAGACCAUCUAUCGUCCUUGGGUUGAUGUGGACAAUAAUCCUUUAUUUUCAGAUAGAGGAGUUGACCAGUAACCUGCAGGCCUUCCAGGCCCUCUCAAGCAGCAGCUCCUCAGUGGACAGUUCUGAAACCACCAGCCCGCCUGUCAAGAAGAAGCCCCACCCCCAGUUCUAUGGAGGAGCCAGGAAGGCCCUACUUAAGUGGGUCCAGCAGACCGCCACCAAGCGUAUUGGGAUCGAUGUGAAGGACUUUGGGCCGAGCUGGCGUACAGGUGUGGCAUUCUUUGCAGUCAUCCUCUCUCUUCGACCAAACUUGGUUGACAUGGAGCAAGUGCGAAGGAGAGCCAAUCGGGAGAACUUGCAGGAAGCUUUCUUAUUGGCCGAGACUGAGCUGGGGAUUCCACAGCUGCUUGACCCAGAAGAUGUGGAUGUGGACAAACCGGAUGAGAAGUCCAUUAUGACAUAUGUGGCCCAGUUUCUGAAGCACCACCCUAAACCUGGUCCCCAGCAAUGCAGCGACGAGGACUCCCAGUCUGAGGAAGAGAAUGUUCUGGCUCCUCAAGAUAUUGAGGAGAUGUUAGAGAGGGAGCAGAGUAAAGGCCUGAGGGAACUGAAGACCUGGCUGGACCAGCUGGAGCGAGACGCAGCACAGUCCCAGGAGGCCCAGGGUAACCUCAGCCAGCAGUAUCAGUCCUUUAAGAGUGUACGUGUCCAGUUGGAGAUGAGAAGGAAGCAGGUGGAGGCGGCGCUCUUGUCCACACAGAAGGAUGGCAUGUUGACCGCCAACCAGGCUUUGGUCAAACAGGCCUGGGAGAGAAUGUCCAACAAGCUUCUGGAGUGGCAUCUACAACUGGACAGGGCUCUGCCCGCGCCCCUGGGUGUGGUGGGGGCGUGGCUGCACCAGGCUGAGGGGGCGCUACGCCAGGAGGUUUCCAUCCAGCAGGGACACGGCGAGAUGGUUGUCACCGUCCACAGGAUCCUGGAGCAACACAAGGACAUCCUCAAAGGGCUUGAAGGUCACCAGAAGGUCUUCCAGAGGAUCCAUAAAGACAGAAGUGUCAACGGAAUCCUCGUUCCCCCAGAGCAGCUGCAGGACCUUGCUGAGAGGAUUAACUUUGUGUCGACCUCAUCGAACGUUCACUUGGCCAAGAUCGAGUUCUGGGAGAAUAAGCAUCGCAUGCAGGCGUUCCUGAUGCUGGCUGAAUCCAAUCUCAAUUCUUGGAUAAUCAAAUAUGGCCCACGGGAAUCAGUGGAGAUAAUGUUACAGAAUUAUGUUUCAUUUGUUGAUAGACAACAGUUCUUUGAGAAGUAUGAGACCUUGUUCCAGGCUCUAAAACAUUCUGCUGAGCUCUAUGUCAAGGCUGAUUUUACAGUGGAUGAUGGGGAUGCUGGGGUGAGAAUGUUCAUGCAGGAUGUGGUGACCCAGUGGAGGAGCCUGUCAGUGGAGAUGCGCAGUGUGAGGAGCAUGCUGGAGGAGGUGCUCUCGAACUGGGAGAGGUACCUCGCCACCGUGACCCAUCUACAGGCCUGGCUGGAGGAUGCAGAGGUUGUCCUGAGCCAGCCCGAAAACAUCAAGCGGGAGUUCUUCCGGAACCUUCCUCAGUGGAUGGAUCAGCACUCUGCGAUGAACGAUGCUGGGAACUUCCUGAUAGAGACAUGUGAUGAGACGGUGUCACGUGACCUGAAGCAGCAGCUGCUACUUCUGAACGGGAGGUGGAGGGACCUGUUCAUCAAAGUCAAACAGUACGCCCGCGGAGAUGACCUGGCCAAGUGGAGAAUGGACUACCUUAGGGCUAUGUCUUCCCUGAAGGAACUGCUAGACAGUGCAGAGGGGAAGCUCACAGCCCCUGUUCAGGUCUCCUUCCUUAACGUGAGGUCCUUCCUCCAUGACGUGGAGAACACCAAGCAAAAGGUUGCUGCCAUGGAGACGCAGUACAAGUUGGCCGCCCGCAGUGCCCAGCUCCUGGCCAAGGAUGCCCCGCAGGAGGAGGGCACCAAGGCCAUGGUUACUAUGACAACGGUCAAAGGUCAACUCAGUAAGGUGAGGGAGAGGUGCCCGUCUCUGGUGAGGGAGUGCCAUGGACUGCUCCCCCUGCUGGAGGAGAUGGAGAAGCACAUCACUGGGUUCUACCAGGCUCUGGAGAAGGCCAGCUGGAUCACUGCUGCAGACAGACACUCAGGCCCUCAGACCCAGAGCCAGAACCUACCCCAGGGCCAGGGGCAACAAAGAAAUAAGUGGCAGGACCUCCUCAGUCAGCAGCAGAGCUGUAAGAGAUGUGUGUCUGUGAUUGAGAGGAACCUCCACGCUUUGCAGAGGGCUCUCUCCUCCAGCAAGGCCCUGAGGAACUUUGACCUGACCUUCCUUCAGAAGACAGUGGCCGAGAUUCAGACCUCGGCACAGGGAUUGUUGAAGGAGGUGGGAGAGUGGAGGAGACAGGAGGAGGCCAAUAGCACCUUGAGGAGAAGGUUUGAGGAGUCUCGUCAGGACUUGGAGAGGGUGCUGAAGGUUGCAUCAAACUGUCUGAAAGAGGAAGGAGACCCAGAGGAGCUGCUGAGAAAACAAAUGGAGUUCUUUGGACAGUUGGAUCAACGGGCACUCAGUACAUUUCUGAAGGCCUGUGAUGAGCUGACAGACAUCCUACCAGAGGAGGAGCAGCAUGCGUUGCAGGACACCGUCAGGACGCUGCACAAACAGUGGAAGGACAUCCAGAUGGAGGCCCCGAGCCACCUGCAGCGUCUGAAGCUGGCGGUGGAGCGUGGCCGGGUGGGGGUCGCUUUGCAAGAAUGCAGGGCUGAGCUUGCCAGAGAGAACCAGGCGCUGACCACCAUAUCCAGCGAGACGGUCAUCAGAGAACACAGGGCCUACUUUAAAGAAAAAGACCCCCUCAGCGCGUGUGAGAAGAGGAUUGAAAGCAUGAAGGAGCUCUGCUGCACGCUGCCCGACAACGACUCGGCCAAGCAGACACUAGACUCCACCAUAAGGGACCUGGCGGAGGUCAAAGGUCAGAUCGAGGCCACCCACCUCAAGCUGCAGCAGCACCCCGACAAGUGGAGGGUGUGGAACAAAAGGUUCUCUGAGCUCUCUGAUUGGCUUUCAUCUCAGAGGAACCAGAUGAAGCUCCUGAGGAAGAGAGCAAGAGAGCCCUCCCACCAAGAACAGAAAGAUAUUGCAGUCCGGGAGCUCCAGAAGGCUGCAGAAGGUCAGGAGGAGUGCCUGUCCUGGCUGAAGAGCCGACUGGAUGUGCUGACAGAGGUCAGUCCUGAGGUGGAGGCUAAAAGACAGACUACUGCCCUGGCCAAACUCUCCUCUGACCUCAGCACCUUCUGUGGCUCUCUCUCUGAGUGGAGUCAGGAGGUGUCAGUGGGGGUGGACAGUGAGGAGCUCAGGGAGGAGGUGCGUGGGACUCUGGAAGAGGUUCUGAGGGCUCAGAGGGAUGGUCAGGACCAGAUCGGCAGGAUCCUGGAGGCCGAGAAUCCAGAGGUGGCCAGGCAGCUGCUCCUCACACAUCUGCAGCACCUGAAGCGCGUGGAGACCUGCAGGAAGGAGGCAGAGCUACUGGUCUCUCAGUGUCGCCAGCUACAGAAGGGGGAGGAGCUUAGUAGCUCGCUACGGGAACUAGAGGCCGCUUUCCAAGAGGUUGACCUCAAAUUUGGGGCACAGGAAUACAAUCUGCAGGCCACCCUGGCUGCAUGGCAGGAGUUUGAGAAAGAGAGGGAGGCAGUGUGGCAGUUUGUCAGCAAUACCAGCUCAUACCUACAGAGGGAGCUCAUCUUCAGCAGCUUAGACAGCCUAUGGGCUGAGCUUCGGUAUACCAAGGAUCUCCACAGGAAGAGCGAAGGCUUUGUGGUACGGACUGACAUCCUGUUGAGGAAGGCAGCAGAGAUUCAGCUGGCUCCUAAGAACCAGACACUUCUACAGCAGCAAGCCAAGCAGGCCAGACUACAAGUCACUCAACUGGAGGACAGCCUCAAACACAAUGUUGAUCAGCUGGACAUGGUGUGUGUGUGGUGGGAGCGUUUUGUCAGGGAGUCCAAGGCCUUCUCCUCCUGGAUCUCGGAGAGAGAGCGGGAGCUGGAAACUGUGGACCCCACGUCCUCCUCCUUAGACCCCCUUGAAGAACACCUUAGCACGUUGGAGUCUGUCGGAGGGGCACUGAAAUACCAGGGUGCCAUCUUGUCCCAUCUGGAGGUUGAGUCAGAGGCACUGUCAGGAUUUUUGACCCCAGGGGAGGCGGCGCGUGUUCGGGCGCGGUUGGCUCAGAUGGGGCGUUACUGGGAGGAGCUGAAGGAGAGUGUGGAGCAGCUAGGGGGACAGCUCAACCAGAGCGCCUCCUGCAGGCAGAGGUUCAACGACAACCUGGAACAGGUGAAGAAAACAAUUGCUGACCUCAAAGAGAAGCUAGACAAUCCCAUCGAUGGCUUUACAUCCUCCUCUGAAACAUACAGAGCACUUCAAGAACACAUGGACGUAAACCAAGCUUUGGAGCAGUUAAAGCCCAGGUUGGAAGCUCUGUGCUUGGGUAAGAAGAGGCUGGGUGAAGGAAGUCUGCUGGAGGGAGAGGUAGCUAACCUCCUUAAGGUCAACAGAGAGUACAUAGAGCAGGCUACUGCAAAACAGGCUACACUGGAAAAACUGCUGACAAUAUGGCAAAGGUAUGAGAAGGAGAGUUCCAGCCUCAGGUGCUGGUUAGACAGAUGUGAGUAUGUCUGCUGCCCAGACUCUCAUCUGCUCCCUACAGACAAAGCAAAGCUAAUAAAUGAACUGCAAACUGUACAGGAAAUGCAGAGUGAUUUGCCAUGUAAUGAAGGUUUGGUGCGAGGUUUGAUGAGUUUGGGGGCGUGUCUCUACACUAACAUGCCAGAGAGGCAGGGCAAGGAACUCUCCGAUGACAUCACUGAGCUGGAGGAGAAAUGUACCUCUGUGAAAGACAUUCUAAUGAAAAGGCUCCAGCAGUUGCAAACCCAGCUGUCACAGUUAGACCUGUUUGACGAGGCUCUGCUGACCCUUACCCAGUGGAGCGUGGACUUCCUGUCUGUCCUCAGAAACACUUCCCAGGUCAACAUAGUUAACCUGCAGGCUGCUGUCACUCAAGUUAAGGAGCAUGAGGCUUCCCUCCGGGAGAAAACAAACCUGAGAGAGACCUUGCAGCAGAGAGAGUCCUCCCUUCUCUCCUCCUCUAACCCCGAGGAGCAGCAGCACCUACAGGACCGGAGGGAGGACUGCCUCCAGCCCCUCAGCGAAGCCCAGCGCCUGCUCCUCCUUCGUGGGGAGAGCCUAGCCGAGCUGGGUUGCUUCCUCCAAAGCCACAGAGCUGCAGCUGUUGCGGUCAGGGGCCUUCGGGAAGCUGUGGAUGGCAGGGGGAGCUGGGACCAUUCCAAGGCCGAAGAGUUGCACCAGAAGCUGGGGGAGGUGGCUGGGGAAGUAGCCCAUCUGGAGGCUCAGGCGGUGAGGCUGGAUGGAAGGCUCAGCAAGGCCCACCUCCACCUGUGCGGAGAGGAGUGGGAAGGCUCCAACAAGGAGGAUCUGGGUCAAGUUCCUUGCCAGAAGAGGACGUCUUGCAGGGGCCAGGCAGUGGCCCUCAUUGUGGCCUUGGAGGAGGUGCAGAGGAGUCUGGGAUGGAGGCAGAGUGAGGCUGAGGCACUGGGAGCACUGUGGGAUUCCUUCAGGGAGCGAAGGGAGGAGGUGAUGAUGAGCCUGAGUGAGCUGGAGGAGAGGGCAAGGCAGGAGGGGGCCAGAGAGGGCAGCAUACUGGCCUUUCAGAACAGGUUGCGGUUCUUUGUCCAGCUGGAAGAUGAGCUACAGUCUAUGCAGCACUCCCGUCAGUGGCUUGGGGAGAAGGGAGGCCAGCUGGCCCGGAGAGACAGCGAGCUGGCUGGGGAUGCUCUCAGGCAGGUGGGCCUAGUGGAAACCACCUGGGAGAACGUCAGGAAGAUCAUCACUGAUGGCCAGGAGCAGUGUGGAGUCUUGGUGGACCUGCUACGUCAGUUCCAUUCCCUGAGAUCAACCCUUAAUACCACUGUAGAGAACGCCCUUGCAGUCACCCAGAACCAGCCUGACCACAACCAGACUCCAGAAGAGGCCAGGAGAGCACUCACACGGCACGAGGCAGUGAUAAUGGAGCUAAGCGGAGGACAGGAGGACAUGGACCUGUUCAUCAGCACCGGAGAAGACCUGCGGAGGCAGCUAGAUGACAUUCCACAAUGUGACUCCCACAGCAUUCAAAGACAGAUGGACACACUGAGGGACCACUGGCUGCAGGUAUCUGAGAGGAUCCACACCAACUCUGAAAGACUGACCCACUGCGUGUCCUUAUGGGAGGAAUUAAAGUCCAUGGAGCAGGACAUUGACCAAUGGGCAGCAGCCUCCAUUGCUGACCUCACUGAGUGUUUGGCCAAUCUUAGUAAGAAGCAGAGGACCGAGACACACCUUGCCACCUUUCAGGUGGAACUAGAGAGGAGACAACAAAGGCUGGAUGCCCUGCAGGAGAGGGUGAGCAAGCUGAAGGAUCUGGCCAAGCUCCCGGAGACCCCCAUCCAGCUGCAGGUGAUGGAGGGCGACCUGAGAAAGAAGAUCAGCCAAGCCCAGGAGGUAUAUGACCAGGCGAGACACUCUCUGACCUACUUCAGCUUCCAGAGCCAACGCCUGGAGGACCUCACGUCCCAGAUGGCCGAGCGACUGGAGCAUGUGGAGAGAUCCCUGUCCGAGCUCUCUGAACCAUUCAGACCAGAGGAUAUGGCAAGAGUAAAGGAUCUCCAGAGCACCCUACAGCUUCAGAGAGCUGAUAUGGACUCAGCCAGGGAGACCCUGAGUUGCUUAUGUACGUCCCACCCAUCUCAGGAGCUGACCCGUUCGUCCGCUGACCUCACCCUGCUGGCCAAGCGGACCGAGGCCGCGGCCCAGCUCUGCUCCCGGACCCGCGGGACCUUGCAAGACGCGCUGCAGCUAGGCUUCAACGAUGUUGUUCAGGAGUUUAACUUGUGGAUCUCAGAACGGAAGGCAGAGCUGAAAGAAUGUUCUGACCAAUCAGGUGACGUCACCUUCCUGGGAACUAAGGUGGAUAGGCUAAAGGUGGCGCUGAAGUGUUUGGAGGAGGACGAGCAGCGUCUGGGCAAGGUGCGGGCAGAGGCUGACAAGCUACUGCUCCACCUGUCAAAAGCGGGUUCAGGACAGGUGCAGGAGCGCCUCUCCUCCUGUGAGAGGGACUGGGAUGGGUACAAGAAAGGGUGUAGGCAGACCCAAAAAGAUCUGGAGGAGAGCAUCACCCUAGUGAACGGGUUUGAGGGCCAUUUGGAGGGGCUGAGGGACUGGCUAGAACAGAUGGAGACUAGCCUGAAGAGAGAGCCUCCUCUGGGGGAAGAAGGACAGACAGGACUCCUUGACAGCACUGAUGAGUUGGAAAGAGUGGAGGAGAUCCACAGAAAGCUGCUGACAAAGAGGAGUUCUUUGGAUCGUCUCAGCCAGGAGGCCCGGUCUUUACAUGAGGUGGGUCGUGGCUGUGGAGGUGAGCUGAAGGCUGCAGCCCAGCUCCAGACCCACCACCAGGCUUUGCUGCAGAGUGCCAGGGAGCACCUGCGAGGCUGCCUGGAGAGCCAGGCAUUCGGAGAGACCCUGCAGGGUGUGUGGGUCUGGCUGGAAGAUAUCCAGGAGCGUCUGGGAGGUCUGGGGAGCACCAUGGGCAACAAGAAGGAGCUGGAGGAGAGGCUGGAGCAAGUACAGGACAUCCUGCUUCUGAAGGGUGAGGGCGAGGUUAAACUGAACAUGGCCAUGGGGAAGGGCGAGCUGGCCAUCAGGAGCAGCAGUGGGAAGGAGGGACAGGAAGUGAUCCGCUCUCAGCUGCAGGAAGUGGAGGACGUAUGGGCCACAUUGCUGGUGACCGCCAUGAGCUGCCAUAGUCGCCUGGAGUGGACGGUGGCCCAGUGGGGGUGCUACCUGGACAGUGAGGCCCAGCUGCAGCACUGGUUGGAGGCAGUAGAGGGGGACAUAUGUGGCCCUCUCACCCCCCAGCCGGGCCUCAGAGAGAAGGCUUCCCAACUGGAGAGACUGCGGGCCCUGCUGGCUGACCUCCAGGAACAUCAGGGCUCGCUAUCCAGUUUGGAGGAGAGGGCAGCGGAGCUCUUCAAGAAGACAGGCGACGCUGCUUUCAGCCGGGAGGCCCGCGCCGAGCUGCGGGCGCAGUUUGAUGACCUUGUAACGCUUGUGGAGGAAAGGGUGAGACUAUCAGAAGGCGUGGUCAGGGAACACCAGCAGUAUCUGGAAACUGUGAGGGAGCUCACUGAUUGGCUGAUAUCAGCAGGGGAGGAACUACAUCGCUGGUCUGACAUGUCCGGAGACUCCGCCUCCAUACAGAGGAGACUGGCAGAAGUGAGGGAGCGGGUGGAGUGUCGGCUCCGUGAGGGCCGCGAGCGUCUCAGUCGCGUCCGUCGAAUUUCCGAAGCCACUGCUGAACACACCGCAGCUGGAGGCUGCGAGGCCAUGGACCGCCAGUUGGGGGCGCUAGCCCAAGCUCUGGAGCAGUGGGAGGGGGCCGCACUGAGGGCCCGCGAUGGUCUGGAGGGGGCACUGGCCGCGGUAACCGAGCACGAGAAGGAGUACGGGCGUCUGACCGCCAGGCUGGAGGAGGGGCUUAAGGAGCUUGAUGGGCGGCUUAAAGGGUGGAGCCAGGAGCUGGGCCGAGCGGAGGGGAUGAGCGGUGGGGAGGACGUGGUGGAGGGGUGGCAGCUGGCUAAGCAUACGCUGGAGGGUUUGCUGAGCGCUGAGUCCAUGGCAGACCGGCUAAAGGCUCAACUCAACGAACUUGUCCGCUACUCUAGAGACCUGGGAACUCAGCCGGAUAUGGUCACCACUGUCAUCAAACAUCACAACAGUCUAAGUUUGCGUGCUUCCAGAGAGUGCCAGAACAAGGAGCGUCUGCUGGAACAGAGGUUCAGAGCAUCCCUCAGGGACUUCCAGCAAUGGCUGGUCAACGCUAAGAUCAGCACGGCCAAGUGUUUCGACGUCCCCCAGAGUGUCUCCGAGGCCUCCGCCAGCCUGUUGAGGAUACAGGAGUUUCUGAGUGACAGGGAGCAUGGCCAGGCCAGACUGAGUGCUGUAGGGGCCAGCAGUGAGCUGCUCAUGGCUGUUGUACCUAAAGACAAAGUGGAUGGCGUCAAGGCUAAGGUAGCAAACGCCAGAGACGACUGGAAAUGUCUCAUGACCAACCUACAGAUGAGGGAGACCGCAUUAAAGAACCUGCAGUCUCAGAUGAGAGACUUUGAAGUCAGCGCUGAGCCACUCCAGGAUUGGCUGAACAGCACUGAGGUCAUCGUUCAGGAGAGCAGCACUCGGCUUCAUGACCUCCCAGCCAAAAGAGAGGAGCUCAGCAAGUUACAGUGUGUGUUGGAGGAGCUGUCGUGUCGUGAGGCUGAGCUGGCUGGGUUGAGGGAGAGGGCCCACCAACUCUGGGAGGGCCAGGCCGCAGGAAAGGGCUUCGUCCACCGCGUGUCCCAGCUGUCUGCGCAGUACCUGGCCCUCAGCAACCUCACCAAGGACAAAGCCUCCAGGAUUGAACGUAUUGUAGGAGAGCACCGUUUGUUCUCCCAGGGGCUAAAAGAGCUUCAGGACUGGGUGUCUGAGGCAGAGAGGGUCCUGAGCACCUGCCUCUCCCCCACUGCUGAUAAGACUGUACUGGAUGACAGGAUGAUACAAUUGGAGGCCCUGCUGGCAGCCCGUCAGGAGAGGGAGAUCCAGCUGAAGAUGUUGCUGACACGUGGUGAGGCGGUCCAAAGGAACAGCUCUGCUGAGGGGGUGCCCGUGGUCCGAAAACAGAUCCAGGACCUCAAAGACUCCUGGGAUUCUUUGCUGUCGGCCUCCAUUCAGUGUAAAAGUCAGCUGGAGGGGGCGCUGUCCCAGUGGACCAGCUACCAGGAGGAUGUGGCUCAGUUUGUGGUGUGGAUGGAGCGUGUCGAGGCCACUCUGGGCUGCUCCGACAGACCAUACUCUGAGAUGAGGGACAAGACUGCUAACCUAGGAAAGACCAAGCUUCUAUAUGAGGAGGUACUGAGUCAUAGCAGUCCACUGGAGACCAUCGCCACAAAGGGAUCCAACAUGGCUGAACACUGCACUACCCAGCAGGAGGUGCGCAGUCUACAGGAGAGAUAUGCCACCAUUACAGACAAGGCCAAGGCUGCAGUCAGCAAGGCUAAGGAGUUGGUCCUGGCCCAUCAAGAGUACCAGAGGGGUCUGCACAUGUUUGAAGACUGGCUGGAGCAGGAGCAAGGAGCCCUCUCCACUCUGUCACACCCGGAGGGAGAUGUGGACACUCUGGAGAACACGCUACAGCAGAUACAGAUCCUCCAGGAGCGCUGCUCCCAAGGCCAGUCCCUGCUCUCUUCAGUUCUGUUGAGUAGGGAGGGGGUGAUCUCGUGGGGUGCCCCGCAAAUCGAGGACAGAGCUCUAGACACGGCCCAGCGAGAGUGGGGGGCCUUCCAGGCCAGGCUGGGCGAGACCAGGGACUCACUGGGCUCCACUCUGGGCAGGCUCAGGCAGAUGGGCCAAAAGUUCCAGAACCUGGCCCUGUGGCUGGACAACAUGGAGGGGAAGGCCAAUAUCCGUGGUCAUCGCAGAUCUGACAGAGCCACCAAAGAAGCCCAGCUGAAGCAGCUCCAGCUUUGGCAGGAGAGUUUGUUAGCCCGACAGAGUGAGGUGGACGGGUUGUCCGCCCUGGCCCACCAGGUGCUGGAGGAGACCCACAUCAGCAGCCGGGUCAGCGCCAGAGCAACACAGCUCACAGCCCGGUACCACGCCCUGAUACUCAACGUACAGGAGAGCAUCAAGCAACUGAAGGAGGAGCUCGGGAGCAUUGAGGAGGCAGAGAAACUGUGUGUGUCCUUCUCUGAUUGGCUAAAAUCCGCCCAGAAGAACUUCAGAACCGUGACGGGCAGCACAGAGCCUCUAGACCGUGUUGCCAUGGAAAAGAAAAUGAAGAAAGUAGAGACUCUCCAGGCUGAGCUCCAGCAAGGCCAUGGCCUGCUCAAGGCUCUGAGGGAGCGGGCGGAGUGGGCCGCAAGUUUCCUGGAAGAGGUUGGAGCUGAGUGGCUGGGAGGGGAGGUGGAGGCCCGGCUAUCCCAGCUUGAGGAGCUGGCCGGCAGUCUGCGUCGGGAGCACAGCACCCUGGAGAGGGCUGUGUGUUUGGCCAAGGAGUUCCAGGACCGGUACAAGGCCCAGGCCCAGUGGGUGGUGGAGACUAAGGCCAUGCUUGGUGGCCCCCUGGAGCCCAAAGCUGAACUGUACCAGAAGAGAGCUCAGCUGGCCAAGUACAAGGCCCUGUUGCAGACGGUCCAGUCUCGUGACUCCGCAGUGAGGUCGGUGGUGGAGAGGGGAGAAUCUCUGCUCGUCUCAGUCCAGUACCCCUCCAUCAGAGACAACAUGAAGAGGCUAGAGACGGACUACGCUGAGCUCCGCAGCGCUGCCAUGGCCAACGUGCAGCGCCUGGAGGGCCAGGUGAAGGAGCAGGAAGCGUACCACGCGGAGCUACAGGAAGUGGAAAGGUGGCUGCUGCAGAUGUCCAGCAGGAUGGUGACCCCUGACCCCGCGGCGGGCGGAGGCCUGGAGGCAGCCACUCAGCAGCUGGCCAGCCACAAGGCCAUCAUGGAGGAGAUUGCAGGCUUCGAGGAUCGCCUGGCUGGGCUGAAGGAGAGGGGAGAUGACCUGGUGGAGGGCUGCAGUGAGCACGUGCAGAGCAGGCUGAGGCAGCAGGUCCAGGCCCAGCAACAAGGCACCCGAGACAGCUACUCAGCCAUCUGCAGCACGGCACAGAGGGUGUAUCAGAGUCUGGACCGUGAGUUGCAGAGGCAUGUCAGCCUGCAGGAUGCUCUUCAGCAGUGUCAGACCUGGCUGGUGUCAGUGUCAGAGGAACCAGAUGCACAUCUGCCUCUUAGCCUGGAGGAGGCGCUACAGCAGGUGAAACACGAGCGGACUCUCCAGGAGCAGGCCAGUACCUACCUCCAGCUAGUGUGUUCCAGCUGCGACCUGUCGGAGCAGAGGGUGAGGGAGACGGCCCAAGACAUCCAGCAGGUGAAGCUACAGAUCGAGGAGAAGAUGCUUGUUUGCGUGGAGGUGGCAGAGAGCUGGAGAGAUGUUCAGGAGCAGCGGGCCGAUCUGGAGGCCCAGCUCAGAGAAACAGAACAGCAGCUUCAGAAUCUCUCCAGGAGAUCCGCUGAACUGGAGCCCAAGAUUGCCCAGAACCAACUGGAUCAGGCUCAGGAGUUCCUCCAGCAGCUCAGGGUGAAACAGGCCGACGUUAACCAGCUGAGUGAGGCUGUGGUUGGGCUGACAGAGGGCCAGGCAUCCCCUGCCCUAGAAGUGAUGGGAGUUCUGCGGAGGGCCUGGGAGGAGUUGGGGAGGAGGGCUGAGGAGCUGGAGGGGCAGAGGGGGGAGGACAUGCAGAGGAGCGGGGAGUACCACGAGUGUGUGGCGGCCGUGGAGGAGCUCUUCCACCAGGUGUCCAGGGAGUGGGACUAUCUGGCCAGGGCAGACACAGAGAGCACCAGUGAGCACCUCGAGGCUCUCAGGAAGCUGUGUUCUGACUUGAGGGACCAGAGAGGAACUCUUGAGGAGCUAAGGGAACAGAGACAGGCCAUUUUGCCACGCCUCAGUCUGCUAGACAAGGAGCUGGUCAAACAACAGGUGGGCCACUUGGAACAACGCUGGUUCCAGCUGGAGAGCCUUAUCCAGGAGAAGAUCCAAGAGUCCUCCACAACUCUGGAGGAACUGGGCCGGGUGGAAGCCCAGCUAAGGGAAGCCCGCGAGUGGGUGGAGGAGCAGCGCCCUGCCUUAACAUCAGCCCUGAAGACCAGCCCUCCUCCAGACCUGGCACAGAGCUUCCUGUUCGACCACCUGAGUGUGUGUGUGGAGCUGGAGGCUCGGGGACAGCUGCUGGGCCUGGCAGUAAGCGAGGCCCAGUCUUUGGCCUCCAAGUUGGGCCUCAGUGAGAGGAGACGCCUUCAGGAACUGGUGCUCCAGGCCCAGGGAGAGGUGGAGGCUCUGGGGGCCAGGGUGAGCCAGCGGAGAAAGUACCUCAGCAAGGCCUUUACAGAGCGGAGCCAGUUUCUCCAGGCUGUUGGGAGAGCUCUUUCCUGGGUCCAGCAGCAGGAGAGGAAGGUUUUAGUGGACGACCAUGUUGCGCUCCUACCUGCUGACCUAGCCAAGCAGGUUGUGACCAGUCGAGGGGUUCUUAGCGGCCUGCGGGCCUACCAAGGGGAGCUUGCCUAUCUGUGGGCCCAGGGACGUGACCUGGAGAGGGAUGCCACAGACCAGGAACGAGAGGAGACUCUGGCCAGGCUCAAGGAGCUCCAGAAGGUAUUUGAGACAGCUUUCCAGAGAACCACUCAGCGCCUGCAUGACCUGGAAAAAGCCCUGACAUCCAGGAAGUACUUCAAGGUUGACCUCGAUAGGACGUGUCAUUGGCUGAGAAGGGCGGACGCCAUUACAUUCCCUGAGAUCGACUUCACCUGCGACGAUAAGGACGAUUCAGAACUGGAAGGUCAAAUGGUUAAGUUUCAGAAUGUUCUAGAGCAGGCGUCAGAGUACGAGAACCUACUGCUCAUCGUCCAGAGGGUGGGACAGGAGAUUCUCCCAACGUUAAAUGAGGUAGACCACUGCCACCUGGAUGAAAAGCUCAACGCCCUCCCUCAACAAUACAACAGCAUCCUAGCAUUAGCCAAAGAGAAGAGGGACAGGAUCCAGCAGGCUAUCCUAGAGAGAAAAGACUACCGGUGCUUCUUCAGUGUCACUUUGAGUGCAUUGGAGGAGAUUCAGGAGCAGUUAGACGUCUUAACGAAACAGCCAAUCAGCCUUCAGGAACAAGAAGUCGCUUGUCUCCGUGACAAUCAUACAGACCUAUCUAUAAGCCUGGCCCAGCUGAGCCCAGCUGUUAGAGAGCUGAGAGGAAAGAAUGAGGGGUUUCUCAGCAGAGGUCAGAAAUCCCAUGCUGAGGAGACCAAAGAGCUGGUUAACCUCCAUAUCUCUCUGAAGACGAACAUUGACCAAAGAUUAAAACAUUUAGACAACUUAGUGAAAAUCUUGGCUGAGCAGAAAGCAACAUCAGCUAAACUAGACUCUGAGUUGAAGUCAACAAAAGAGCAAUUAAACAGACUGAAGUUGGACUCUGAGACUAAUAGUGCAGAGACACUGAGGAGUCUUCACACACUGUUGGAAGAUCUGGAAAUGGUGAGUUUUCACCUAGAGAGACUCAAACAACAGGCGGAACAGACCGAAGACCUCAUAUCGAAUUUAGAUCCUUCCUCCAUCAAGUCCAACAGAGAAGUUGUGACCUUGCAUCAAAAAGAGCUUCAGUCUCUAAGGUCAAAUGUUAAAGAAUGCAUUUCAGAAUGUGAAAACCAUCUCAUGAAGGAUAAAGACUUUGAGAAAGGGUUUGGACAAACAUUAGAUUGGCUAAAGAUUCUUAUUAACAAGCUUGGGGAACCAUCGGCCCUUUCAUGGGUGAAAGUUGAGAGGGUAGAGGAGGAGGUCAGGAGACUGAAGGUGGUAGUGGAGGAGGUGCAGUCCAGACUAAGGGUUGCAGAUGCCAUUGGCAACAGGGAAAAGCAGAGAUUUAGCAGUCGGAAUGAGACCCUCCCUGACCAUGUUGAUGCUCAACUACAGGAACUGGCAAAACUAAGAGCUGAUGUCCAACAAACACUUUGCACCAAAAAGCUGAGUCUGGAUCAGACCCUGUCACUAAUCCAGAAGUACCACUCCACCCAGCAGUCAGCCCAACAGUGGCUGGACAAAGCCGGGUCUUUCCUUCAUAGAAGCACCCUGGGAGUAGACCUAGAGAACCUGACAGAGAGUCUUGGGGAGAUGGAGGAGAUUUUAGCCCAGGAACAAGGCUUUGUGGCUGGUUUAGAAGAGCUGGAGACCCUGGGUGCCCAGCUGGAUCUGAUGGGUCUGGGAGUGAAAAAGGACACGGGAGAAAGUGAAAGAAAGAAUGAAGUUGUGGAAGUUAUGCAAAAGAAGAGUUUAGAGGUCAAAGAGCAACUGAGGGGUCAACAGGAUAUUUUACUGAGCUCUGUUGCUAAGUGGCACACCUUUCAGAAGGAGAGAGAGGAGCUGAUUGGACAGAUGGAUGAAACCGGAAGUAGGAUGUCUGCAUUCCCCUCGGCUAAGGCCGCCAAUAGCCAGGAGGCUGAGGACAAAUUCCAGAGUUACAAGUCUCUUGUUAUUCAGAUAGAAGGGUGUGAAGCCAUCCUGAUUGCAUUAAGAGAGAAGGCCACAGAAUUGGAGAUGGUUGGAUCAGAGUGCAGUAAAGCUGUUGUUGGUCACUCUGUGUCAUCUCUAUGGCAGCGCUGGACACGGCUGCGCAGUGUGGCACAAGCCCAGGGGAGAGCGCUGGAGGACAAUGCUCGAGACUGGAGGAGCUUCAGUGAAAAGAUGGAGAAGGCGCGGUCGGUGUCAGUGGAUCUCCACUCUCGUGUCCCAGACAGCACAGUGGAGAAGGCUGCCACGAGGGCUGCGCUACAAAGCCUGCUAGAAUACCACGACUCCUUCAGCCUGGAGGUGGAGCGGGAACAGUCUGCGCUUGCCCUGCUGGCGCAACACGCAUUCAGCCUGAGAGGAGAGGAACAGCAGGAAGUAGAGGUGGAAACUGAGAAAUCCGACGAGACCCGAGAAGAGGCCAUCUGUUUGAAGGGGAUCCGGAGUAUGGUGGAGAGAUAUGAGAGCCUGGUGCUGCAGGUGCGUGGUAGCAGGGCCCAGGUCCAGCAGGAGCUGAGAGAGAGGGAGGAGGUGGAGAGGGAGCUGGGGCUGGUCAAGGGCUGGAUCCAGGACACCAGAGGACUGCUACUGAGCCCCUCGUCUGAUCUGGACUCCCUGCUGCACGAGCUGGAGACAGCACAUGAUGAGGUCAUCAGUAGGCGCCAGAGUGUUGAGAGGAUGGCAGAGCUGCAACACAGCAAGUACCAGGACCUCCAGACGGCCUUACCCUCUGAACUGAGCAUGCAGCUGGCUGAAGUGACACUCGCCCUGGGCUCUGCUGAGGACCAGGUCCAGGCCAGGGAGAGGGAGGUGCAGCAGACCAAAGAUGUGAAGGAGGACUUUAGUUCCAGACUGCUGGACAUUGAGGGGAAGCUGAAGAACAUCUCUCUGAAGAUCAGUGAGAAAGCUACAGACCUAGAGCAGGCGAAGGAGGAAACCAAGUAUCUUUGUGAAGAGUGUGAGGGUUGUGGUCGCUCUCUGGCUGAUCUGGGCGUGGCAGUGCAGGAGUUUGGGGACCAGAACCCUCUACUGUGUAAGAAGCUGGGAGACGCCCUGUCCCGACUGAGCGAGGUCCAGCGCCUCACCAUGCAGGAGGCCCAGGACAGGGCCAAUCGGCUACGCAAGGCAGAGCAGCAGCUGGAAGAUUAUAAGGGGGUGAGGCAGUUCCUCCUGAGCUGGGCAGAUAAAGCAGAGGCCCUGGUCAGUGGCAGCAUUGUCUGGAGCUCCGCCUCUCAGCUUCAGGAGCAAAUCAGAGCCCACCAGGGGGUGCUGCGUGAAGGCCGUGGUCUCCAUGGUGACCUGGAGGCAAUGGGGGAGAGGGAGGGGCAGCUGGGGGAGGUGCUACAGAUGGAGGGGUGGAGCCAAACCGUAAAACACCUGAGCAGGCACACUGAUGAGCUGCAGCAAAGAGCAAAGACACGCCUCCAGAGCCUGCAGGAUGCCGCCAAGGACAUGGUCCAUUUGGAGGCUGAGGUGAAGACCCUGCACGGCUCUCUGGACCAGGCACAGCUGACCCUCACCUCCCCCGACCUGGCACGGCUCAGCCUUAGGGACCAGCUGACACACAGACAGCGUCUGUUGGUGGAUAUGGAGGCCUUCAAACAGCAGGUGCAAGCGGUGCAGCUGUGUCAGAGCGCCCUCCGGCUGCCGGAGGACGUAGUGGCCAGCCUGCCCAUCUGCAGAACAGCCCAGAGUCUGCAGCUAGAGGCCAGCCAACUACAGCAUACCACCAUCCAGCAGUGCAACAUCCUUCAGGAGGCUGUGGUGCAGUAUGAGCAGUAUGAGCAGGAAGUGAGGAACCUACAGAGGCUGAUUGAGGAAGCUCACCGCAUUAUACAGGACCGACCAGUCUCAACCAGUAACAUACAUGAACUACAGGCCCAGAUACACCAUCACGAGGAGCUAGCCCUGAAGAUCCGAGGCUACCAGGAGCAGAUAGCGUCUCUGAACUCCAAGUGUAAGAUGCUGACCGUGAAGGCCAAGCACGCCACCAUGCUGCUGACGGUCAGUGAGGUGGAGGGGCUGUCCGACGGCGUGGACGAGCUCAGCGAUGAGGAGAUGCCCACCAAACAACCGCCAGCACACCCCUCCGUCGUCAUGAUGACGGCUGGUCGCUGUCACACACUCCUAUCCCCCGUAACAGAGGAGUCAGGGGAGGAGGGCACCAACAGCGAGGUCUCCUCUCCUGCUUGUCGCUCCCCCUCGCCAGGGGCUAAUGCAGACCCUCCCCUUAACCAGGGACGGGCCUCUCUGAGUCGCGCCCCGCUACAGGAACUGUAUGACCCGUCUCUGGAGUCCAAUGCCAACCUGGAUGAUCUGCAGCGGUCCUGGGAAACACUUAAGAAUGUGAUCAGUGAGAAGCAGAAGACUCUGUACGAGGCACUGGAACGCCAGCAGCACUACCAAGAGGCCCUCCAGUCCAUCUCCACCAAGAUGGAGUCCAUUGAGGGGGCUCUCAAUGAGGGCCUGGAGGCCAGCAAGAGCCCUGAGAGCCAGAUGGCCGCACAUCAGGCCCUGAUGGAUGAGAUCCUGAUGCUUCAGGAAGAGAUCGGCGACCUGCAAACGUGUUUCAGCGAGGAGCUUUGUGACAGCCUGGACAGUGACCCCGGGGACCAGCUGGCGCUGCAUUCCACCCUGACCGUCUUGGGGGAGAGGAUGGCCACCAUCCGCAUGAAGGCCUCCGGCAAACGGCAGCUGCUGGAGGAGCGCCUGAGCGAGCAGCUGGAAGAGCAGAGGCAGGAGCAGGCGUUGCAGCGGUACCACAGCGAGGCGCAGGAGCUCGACCACUGGCUCCACAGCACCAAAGCCACGCUGAGCUCCGCCCUCCAGACACACUCCGAGGACAUGGACAUGGAGGAGCAGCUGAUCGACUGCCAGAACAUGCUGUUUCAGAUCGAGCAGAAAGUGGCUUCUCUGUCUGAACUGUCGGUGCACAGCGAGAGCCUCCUUCUGGAGGGGAGGGCAGGAACGCGGGGCGAGGCCGAGCAGCUCAUCUUCAAACUGCACUCCCUGAAAGACAGCCUGGUGGAGCUGCAGAGGAUGCUACAGGACAAGCAGGUGGACAUCCAGGGUUCAUUGCAGGAGCAGGAAGACAGUGAGCCAGACUCGGUACUGUCCCAGAGCCCCAACAUACAGGACUGGCUGUCACAGGCUCGCUCCACCCGUACGCAACAACACCAUGACAACCAGCAACGACAGAGGGAGCUAGAGGAGCAGCUAGCCGAGCAGAGAAGGCUGCUGAAGUCUGUAGCCAGCAUAGGGGAGGAGAUUCUCACCCAUCCGACCUCACCCGAUGGAGACAGUCAAGACAUGCCUGGUGUGUUAUUAGAAACAUUGACCCUUCAGGACCAGAUGAGACAGAAAUGGGAGAGUCUGAGUAAAGACCAGAGCACCAAACUGCAGCUGUCACUUAACUCCCUGGAACAGGAGCAAAUCAACCCAGUUCUCCACAGGUCCUGUGUGUCCAGCCCUGGGGUGGUGUUCCGGGCAGAGGCGGUUGGACAGGACAGACAUUCCCCCAGGGCUCUGUUUGAGGGCUGCUGCCAGACUUUGGAGAUGCUGACCCGAGAGCCGGGGAGUGGAGCUGACAAUAAGACGGGCACGGCCGUGCAGGAGGAGCUGUACGCGGCCGUGUCGGCGGCUUCGUCAUGGCUGGACAGCGCGGAGAACAACGUCCUGUCAGGUCCUGUGCUGCUGUCAGAAGACACGGAGACGCAGCUCUGCAACCUGGAGGGCUUGAGUAAGGAUGUGAGGGAGGUGACAGAGGAGCUGAGCCACUGCCGGGAGCUGUUGGUAGGAGGAGGAGCAGGAUGGAGGAGGCUUUGUGGAGGGGAGGAGCAGGCCCUGAUAGAAUACACUCUGGAUGGGCUGCAAGAGAGACUGGGCCUGCUUGAACAAACCCUGGAGCUACACUGUGAAUCGAUGAAAGAUAGACUGGAGCAAAACACCAGCUUCCAGACUGAAUUGAGACUGCUGUUCACAGCUCUCAGUGACAGUAAACACCAGCUUCUGCAAAGGAUGGCUGGAGCCGUAGAUAGGCCUGCCCCCAAACAGAUAGAGACAUUGUCAGAGGCGGAGGAUGGUCUUAGGGAGUUUGAGCAGAGGGUUGCAGAGCUGAGGAGCAGAGCCGAGGGACUACACCCUGACCAGGUCUCCAAUCAGGAGCUACUGAAACUACAGGAUGCUUUUGAGGAGCUGGUGUUGAUGGUGGGCUCUCGGCGCAGCAGUCUAAACCACAGCCUGUGUCUGAAGGCCCAGUAUGAGAGUGCCCUGCGUGACCUCGCCGAUCUGGUUGACACCGCACAGGAUAAGAUGGCCGCCGACCAGAAGAUGACCGUGGGCUCCGUCAUCGAAGUGCAGAUACUACUGGACAAGCACAAGGAGUUCUUCCAGGGACUGGAGUGUCACAUGAUCCUCACACAGACGUUCUACAGUAAGGUGAGCGGCCUGGUGGUCCAGAGGGAGAGCCAAGUCCUGGAGGAGACCCUGGCCCUGGGACGCAACGUCCUCAAACAGGCCCAUCGCAGAGGGGUCGAGCUGGAGGGAAUACUGGAGUCGUGGAGCAGGUUUGUAGAUGACUACCAGGGUCUGUGCAGACAGCUGGAGUCUGUAGAGUGCAGUAUGCCCACGGUGGGUCUGGUGGAAGAGACCAAGGAGAGACUCACUGACAGGAUCGCCCUGUACCAGCGUAUGAAGGCCAGUCUGACGGAGCACCAGCCUCAGCUCUACCAGGUACUGGAGGACGGGAAGAGGCUGCUCCUGUCUGUGUGUUGCUCAGACCUGGAAAACCAGCUCACCCAGCUGGGAGAUCACUGGCUGUGCUCCACCACCAAGGUCAACAAGGAGCUGCACCGCCUCGACUCCACCCUCAAACACUGGAGCAGGUACAAGAGUGAGUCAGCAGAGUUGAGUCAGUGGUUACGGUCAGCCCUGGACCGCCUGGAGUUCUGGGCCACUCAGUCUGUGACCGUACUACAGGAGCUGGAGACGGUCAGGGACCACCUUUACGCCUUCUUGGAGUUCUACAAGGAGGUGGAUGCGCGGUCUUCUCUGCGCUCCUCAGUGCUGAGUACAGGCAACCAGCUGUUGCGGCUCAAGAGAGUGGAUACGGCUGGUCUGAGAUCUGCUUUAGCCCAGGUGGACACGCAGUGGGCGGAGCUUCUCACACGCAUCCCAGUGGUGCAGGAAAAACUACACCAGCUGCAGAUGGAGAAGCUGGCAUCGCGUCAUGCCAUCACAGAGCUGAUGAGCUGGAUCUCUCUCAUGGAGAACGUGAUCGAGGAGGACCAGCAAAGGAUCACGGGAGUGGUGGGGUCCGAAGUUGUUCAGGACUACCUACAGAAGUAUAAGGGGUUCCGUAUAGACCUGACAUGUAAACAGCUGACAGUGGACUUUGUCAACCAGUCGGUGCUCCAGAUCAGCAGUCAAGACGUGGAGGGGAAGCGCAGUGACAAGACCGACUUCGCCGAGCGCCUGGGAAACAUGAAUCGCCGCUGGCAGAUACUGCAAGGCCUCAUUACUGAGAAGAUCCAGCUGUUAGAAGGCCUUUUGGAGGGUUGGGUGGAACAUGAGAAUGGUGUUCAGUCUCUAAAGACCUGGCUGGCAUUGCAGGAAGACAAACUGAAGAAGAAACACAGGAUUGGGGAUGUAGCAUCGGUGCAGAAUGCAUUAAAAGAUUGUCAGGUGUUGGAAGAGCUGUUGAAGGAGAAAGAGAAGGAUUUAGAGAAAGCUGAGGAAAGAGGGAGCACACUGAUCCAGGAGAAGAGGGGGGAGGCCUGCUCGGUUGUUAUGGAGACCCUAAAAGGUCUGAACCAGUCCUGGACCAACCUGAACAAUAUGAUUGUUCAGAUGAAAGUUAGUCUGCGGUCAGUGCUGGAGAAGUGGACUCUGUAUCAUCGUGCUCUUGAUGAGAUCAAUGGCUACCUGAUGGAGGGGAGGUACUCCAUGUCCCGGCUACGCCUGCUGACAGGCUCCCUGGAGGCUGUACGACAACAGGUGGAGGGCCUGGAGAAUCUGCAGGAGGAGUUGGAUAAGCAGGAGAGCAGUCUAAUGAAGUUUGACUCCGUCACACAGCAGCUGUUAACAGAGUGUCACCUGUCUGUUGCGGACACACUCAACGAUGCCCUCCGGGACAUCAGCAUCAGGUGGAACGGUCUAUCGGAGCAGAUCUCAGAACAGCUGAGGUGCAGCAAGGCUUUGCAGGGUCUGUGGCAGCGCUACAGGGAGCUGUAUGGCCAGAGUGUCUCUUCUGUACACCGGCAGGAGGAGAGGGCCGACAAGCUGCUCAAGAGUGCCACUGACAGCAAUAUUACAGGAGACAAGAGCAGAGCAUGGAUUAAAGAAUGCAAAGAGUUGUUGGGGGCCCAGGCGACAGUACAACAGUCUCUGCUUCAGCUGCAGCAGCUGGCGGAACAGCUGAAGGCUCAGGUCGACGCCUCUUCCAUGGCAGCCCUCCAGUCCGACUGUCUGUCACUCACCCAUCGCCUAGCGACGCUGGAGCACACCCUGCACAGGCAGCAGGAAGUACUUCAGUGUUCGGCUGAGGUCUGUGAAAGUUUCACAGAGCAGUUGGACUCUAUGACCCGUCUGGUUGACAAGGCUAAGGAGGUUUUAAGAGAGACUGACCCUGUUGGAUCGCCUGACGUCGCUGUCGUCCAGGACCGCAUGGACCAACUGAAGAUCCAGAUGUGUAAGUUGAGCAGCCAUUCUCCUGAUCUGGAGCGGGUCAAUGAGCUGGCCUACAGACUGCCUGUGAAUGACGGAGAGAUCAAACGCCUCCAGAGCCUCAACAGGGCCUGGGCCUCCGACUCGGCGCACCUCACCGAACGAUUCAGCAAGCUGCAGGCGCUGUUGCUGCAGCAGCAGAGCUUCCUGCAGAAAUGUGAAGACUGGUUGGACUUCCUGUCCCAGACGGAACAGAAGCUGGCCGCUGAAAUCUCUGGGAACUACCACAGCCUACUGGAGCAGCAGAGAGACCAUGAGUUGUUUCAGGCAGAGAUGUUCAGCAGGCAGCAGAUUCUUUAUUCCAUCAUCAGUGAUGGCCAUCGCCUGCUGGACCAGGGGCAGGUGGACGACAGGGAUGACUUCAGCCUGAAACUGGCCCUGCUGGGAAAUCAAUGGCAGGGUGUAGUGAGGCGGGCCCAGCAGAGGAGAGGGAUAAUUGACAGUCUGAUCCGCCAAUGGCAGCACUACAGGGAGAUGGCAGAGAAGCUGCGACGGUGGCUACAGGAAGUAUCUCAUGACCCGGAAGUGCAUCCACAGGGAGAGCCGGUGGCCUUACAACAAGCCAGGACAAUGCUGGACCAGAUACAGUUGAGGGAGCGUGUGCUGCAGAGGCAGCAAGGCGGCUACAUCUUGGCUGUGGAGGCAGGGCGGAGCCUGCUGCUGUCAGCUGAUGCCAGGGCGGAGUCAGCGUUGCAGACGGAGCUGACUGACAUGCAGGAGAGAUGGAGACACACCAACGUUCGAUUGGACGAACAUAAGAGAGAGCUGCUCUGCCUGCUCAAGGACUGGGAGCGCUGUGAGAAGGGCAUAGCUGCUUCUCUGGAGAAGCUGAGGGCCUUCAAGAGAAAGCUGUCCCUGCCUCUACCCGACCACCAUGAGGAGCUGCACUCAGAGCAAGUCCGCUGCAAGGAGUUAGAGAGUAGUGUGGAGGGCUGGACUGAUGAUCUCACCUCUCUGUUCCUGCUGAGGGAUUCUCUGGAGGGCGUGGUCAGUGGUGAUGACCUCACAAUCCUUCAGGACCGCCUCCUGCUGUUACAGCGGCAGUGGGAGGAGAUCUGUCACCAGUUGUCUUUGCGCCGGCAGCAGGUGAGCGAGAAAUUGAACGAGUGGGCGGUGUUUAACGAGAAGAACAAAGAGCUGUGCGAGUGGCUCACCCAGAUGGAGAGCAAGGUCUCUCAGAACGGAGACAUCAGCAUCGGGGAGAUGAUCGAGAAGCUGCGCAAGGAUUACCAGGAGGAGAUAAGUGUCGCCCAGGAGAACAAGCUUCAGCUGCAGGUGAUGGGGGAGCGCUUGGCCCGGGCCAGUCAAGAAAGCAAGGCCACAGAGAUACAAAACAAACUCGGCAAGGUCAACGAGCGCUGGCAACACCUGCUGGAUCUCAUUGCUGCCAGGGUGAAGAAGUUGAAGGAGACUUUGGUUGCGGUGCAGCAGCUGGAAAAGAAUAUGAGCAGCCAGCGCUCCUGGCUUGCUCACAUUGAGACCGAGCUAUCCAGACCAAUCAUCUAUGACACCUGUGAUGCCCAGGAGAUACAGAGGAAACUCAACCAGCAGCAGGACAUCCAGAGGGACAUCGAGAAGCACAGCACCGGCGUGGCGUCUGUGCUGAACCUGUGCGAAGUGCUGCUGCAUGACUGUGACGCGUGCUCCACGGAGACGGAGUGUGACUCCAUCCAGCAGGCCACCAGGGGGCUGGACCGGCGCUGGAGGAACAUCUGUGCCAUGUCCAUGGAGCGGAGACUCAGGAUCGAGGAGACAUGGCGGCUGUGGCAGAAGUUUCUGGAGGACUACUCUCGAUUCGAGGACUGGCUGAAGGCCUCUGAGAGGACCGCUGCCCUUCCAAACUCUUCAGGAGUUCUGUAUACCGUCGCCAAGGAGGAGCUCAAGAAGUUUGAGGCGUUCCAGAGGCAGGUUCAGGAAUGCCUGACUCAGCUGGAACUGAUCAAUAAGCAGUACCGCCGUCUGGCAAGAGAGAACCGCACAGACUCCUCAUGUCACCUCCGAGAAAUGGUGCAUGAUGGGAACCGGCGAUGGGAUAACCUGCAGAAGAGGGUAGCCUCUAUUCUGCGCAGGCUCAAGCACUUCAUUGGUCAGAGGGAGGAGUUUGAGACGGCCAGAGACAGCAUCUUGGUGUGGCUGACCGAGAUGGACCUGCAACUCACCAACAUAGAGCACUUCUCAGAGUGUGACGUCCAGGCCAAGAUCAAACAGCUAAAGGCCUUCCAGCAGGAGAUCUCUCUUAACACGGGGAAGGUUGAGCUAGUGUUCCGACAGGGGGAGGCCCUCAUUGAGAAGAGUGAGCCCAUGGAUGCAGCGGUUAUUGAGGAGGAGCUGGAGGAACUGCAGCGGUACUGCCAGGAGGUUUUUGGACGUGUCGACAGAUACUACAAGAAGCUGACGCGGCUGCCUCUGGCCGAUGAUGAACUAGACAGCUCGGACCGAGAACUGGACAUGGACGAGUCGGCUGACCUUUCCGACCUGCAGUGGGGCGACUCCUCUAUUCCACGCCCCUUCAGCCGGCCGGCCUCGGGUUCUGUUCUCCCCCGAGCAGAUGGCUCGGGCCGGGACACCCCAGCCAGCAUGGACUCCAUCCCCCUGGAGUGGGACCACGAUUAUGACCUCAGCCGGGAUCUGGACAGCACCGGGGUGCGUGGUCUGGGGCCGGAGAGGAGUCCAGGACAGGAGAGGGCGGAAGAGUACCUUCGGACGACUGGCGCUGAGCUGUCAGAUGUUAUUAUACCAGAAAGCCCAGAGGCCUAUAUAAAAUUGACAGAGAGCACUCUGAGGUCCUCUUCUGGUGAGCCAGGUCAACUGGAAGCCCACUUGAGACAGAUGGACCAGGCUCUGGACUCUGAGCACUUCUAUCUACAGCAGAGAGAGGGCGCUGUCCACACUGGCAAGACCAGCACCAGCCCGGAGCUGGAAUCGGCCUACAUGGGCUAUAUGCGUCUGAUGGGAGAGUGUCGGGGAAGUCUCGAUGCCGUGAAGAGGGUUGGAGGAGAACUGACCGAGGAGGACGAUGAAGUGCCUGGACUCAAUAACCCCGCCGGCACAGACAGCCCCAAUGCAGGUGUGAUCGAGCGCUGGGAGCUGAUCCAGGCUCAGUUGCUGAGCGAAAAACACAGAGAGAAGCAGAACCUGCAGCAGUGGCGACAACUGAUCUCAGACCUGCAGACCAUGAGGGCGUGGCUGGGCCAGGCCGAGGCGGAGCUGGGACACCUCCGGGAGCUGGACCUCAGAGCGGACAUACAAACUAUUGAGCAGAGGAUCAGAAAGCUCAAGGAGCUGCAGAAGGCAACGGACGGCCACAAGUCCCAGGUCCUGUCGAUCAACCUGAGUAGUGCAGACUUCCUCCAAUCAGAGCCCGACUCCGAGGAGGCUUGGAAGCUUAGGGACGACCUGAAGGAGAUGAACUCCCGCUGGGAUUGGCUGGGUUCAUCACUAGAGGACUGGAGGGCAACGCUGCAGAGUGCCCUUAUGCAGUGUCAGGAGUUCCAUGAGCUGAGUCAUGGCCUGCUGUUGUGGUUGGAGAACAUCGACCGCAGGAGGAACGCCGUCGUCCCCAUCCCCCACGGCCUAGACCGCGAAACUCUACAAGCUCACCACGGAACUCUCACGCAAAUAAAGCGUGAGCUGGUGGACUCUCAGCAAAAGGCCGCUUUCCUCCAGGAGUUCUCCACCCAGCUGCUGGUACACACACAGCCCCCGGCGCAGACCCAGAGCCAGCCGCAGGUUUCAGAGCAGGCCCAGGGUAGCGAGCGUCUUGAGGCCCAGGAGAAGGUUCAUGUGAUCGGGAACAGGCUGCGACUGCUCCUCCGGGAGGUCAACGCUGACCUGGAGGGCCUGGAGAGGAGACUGGAGACUGUGGUGACACAACAGGACUCCCUGCCCUUGUCUCCUGUGGACAAAUCAGAUACCUCUGGAUCCACCAGCCCCGCCUCUGAGGGGAUUGUGAUGAAUCGCCGGCGAUCGCCCCGGGGCAAAAGUAGUCAUGCCUACCCAGGACCCCCUGAAAGCAGCCCGCAUCACAGUCUGACCAGGUCGUCAGGCAUGGCUGGCUGCGCUUCUUCCCGUUCUGACAACCCCCUGGCCUCAUCUUUGUCGCGGCCCCCAACGGGUCAAUCCUUCAUUUUGAGGGUCCUGAGGGCAGCCCUACCCCUCCAGCUCCUUCUCCUGCUAUUGAUUGGCUUAGCCUGCCUGGUUCCCAUGACAGAAGAGGACUACAGCUGUCACCAUGCCAACAACUUUGCCCGCUCUUUUCAUCCAAUGUUGCGCUACACCAACGGACCUCCACCCAUUUGAGGGGGGAUCAGUUCCUGCUUCAAGGAAGACUUUCUCAUUCCUAUUGAAUGUACAUUAAACAGAAGACUACUUCCCAGGCUAUAUAAACACUCUCCCACUUCCCUCAGGACUUAAUUCAUCUGCCAUGCAAUGAUUCAUUUUAGACCUGCUAACCCUUAUCACUGAAUAACAAAAGAUCCCUGGGCUACGUGACCUAAAAAACUCUAAACAACCACCUACAAAAUGAAUAGACAUAUACCCUGCGUCUCCUUAAAUCAAAAACAAAAUGGAGAACUAUUUAUUUUUAUUUUUUAUAGUCAUCUGUGUUUUAUUUUUUUACGUUUCUGAGGAAAUGUCUGAAGUUGGGGGGGGAAACAUGACUAUUUAUAUGUUUGGAGCCAAAGUGGGUUGUGCUAUGUGUAAUUCAGAGAGUUCAGUGCUGCUGCUAUUUAUGUGUUAGUCAGCAUUUGGUAGAUGUUAGAAUAAUUUAAAAUGCAGUGUCACCUAGAGAAUAGGAUGUCCAACUGUAAGUACAUAGGCUAGGCUGCCAGUGAAGUUUAGACAACAAACACAUUUCCAUUACUGCUAGAGUCUCUAUAGACCUUAAAGGUUAACCUUGACAACUGACACGGGGGGGGAACUAAAUAGACAUGACUGAUCAUAUUGUGUUUCAUAACUGCUUGGUGUUAUUCAUUUAGGGUUAGGUGGCCUAAAGUAGUCCAAAUGUUUAAGCCGCUGCCUCCGAUGCACCACUACAGCAUAGGUUUGAAUCCAGACCACUUUCCUGUCGUGUAAAGCAUGUAAAAAUAUCUUUAAAUGUAGCGCUGAAAUGUAGUUACGGGUUGGCCGUCCAGUGACAUCCCUUUAGUCCUACCCCACUGACACAAGCACUGUUGAAUGAAGGUACUGCACUGAAGCAGUAUCCCUGCUAGGGCCAAGAUAAGUAUUUAACAAUGGUUUUAUUUCAGUGUUUUGAAACAAAACAACCGAGGCAACAAUAAGAAUCAUGUGAAUCGAGAGUUCAGGUGAUUUGUAUAUUGAUGUUUGAAAUGCCUUGAAUAUGGCAUUUAUUUUUUUACGUUUUAUCUUUUAUGAGCAUGUUAAUGUCCCAAAAAUAAAUCACUGGUAGCAUUGAGUGAAGGGAUACGAAAUAGUGUGCUUUGUAAUAAUAAUAAUGAUGAUGAUUUUACCUGGACGGAGACAUUAUCUUUAGGCUGUAAAAACAAUAAAAUAUGAAAAUGGCUAUUUACGUAUGUACAGUUUGCUAAUGCUGACCUGCAGAGGAAUACCAUCUUUGCAUAUAAUAAAAUGCAUAUUAAAUA